GCGUUGCAUGUGGGAGUGGCUGGUCCAGCGCGGUCCCGAAUACCUGGCCCAGGGGAUCGUCAACUACGCGGCUCGCUGUCCUGCGAUUCCCGCCUGCCCAGCCUCAGGCUGCCCGCCGUGCCCGAGGCUGGUGUGCGGGGACUGCGUGGUGCCGGCCUGCCCGGCCUGCCCGGCUUGCUUGGGCAGCUCGGCGCCGCCUGCGGCUGCCGAGCCCGACUGCCGGCCCGCGGAGGCGGAGGCGGGCUGCAGCGAGUCAAGGCUGGGGCUGCUGGCGUACCUGAUCUUCUUGUUCGGCGUCGUGGUCGGCGCCCUCGUGGUGUCCAGCGGGUGGGGCUGCGUGCGGGGGCUGAGAGUGUGCGGGGUGGUGGCGCAGUCGGCUGGUAAGCUGUGCGUGGCGGCCACUGCGGACGGGCACGUCUACGCCGAGGACUGGUCACCAACUUCCACGGACGUGGUCGCAGUGCGGCGGGGGCCGUCGACGGCGCGGGAAGCCGAGUUCCAGCGGGCCGCCGGGGCGGAGGCCGAGACGGAGGGCCGCCUCCUCGCGGCGGCGCAGGGCGUGGUUCCUCCGGCCGCGGGCUUCGUGUGGCUCCUGCCGAUCGACGCGGUGGGCCAGGUCGUCGGGGCCGACGCGGGGGCGCUAGUGCCAGCUGCUGCCCCUGCUGUCCCGGUGGCGGCGCCUGGGCGUGGCCCGGGCCGCGUGCGGACGGCGCGGGCGCUCGGGACCAAGGACUUGCACGUGCUGGCCGACGGGGCGGCGCUCUUCGUGGAGGAGGUCUCCCCGGCCAACGAGACGAGUUUCUUCGACGAGGGGGCCUCGGGCGACGCGCGCAUCAUGGCCGUGCGCCGCAGCCGCCAAGGGAGGCGCGAGCGGGCGUGGGCCGAGAUGGUGGCAGAUGUGGUACGAGAAGACUUCACCAACGAUUGGGAUCUGCCAGGCCCGCGGUCCACGCUGUGGUGCUUCGAGUUCGUGAACCAGGAGGGUCUCGGGCUGGAUGACCACCACGAGCGUUUCAGGAGUACGUGCAAGCUCGAGAGCUCGAGCUGGGGCGUGUCGGAGCACUACUGUGUCACGCGGGCCUUGAAGCUCGGGCUCUUGAGUGACCAGGUCGACGAAAGCAACCUCAUGAUGGUCGAGAGCCUCUUCCGCCGCCUCCAGACGAUAGAGUUCGCUCACUCCGAGCGGGCUCGUGAGCAGGAGGCCAAAGGAUACGGGGGCAAGCUGAGCCUGGAAGAGCAGACGGCGUUCGCGGGCUCCUCGCGCGCGGGAGGGUCCUUGAUGAUCUGCCCACUCUUGCUGGACUACGUGAGGGGCGAAGUCGAGCGGGAGGCGUCCCUGACCAAGAACCUCCGGAAGGCGAGAGAGGAGCGCGAGGCGGCUCGCAAAGACAACAAGAAUAAGAAGGGCAACGUCAAUGGGUGA